AUGGGCGGCGUGGCGGGCGGGCGGCGGUCUGGCUCGCUCUUCGUCUACUCGAGCCUCGUCUCGUGUGCCGCCUCUUGGGCGGCGUGGCGUGGCGGGCGGCUGUCUCUGCCGCCGCCUCGUGCGAGCCUCGUCUCGCUCUUCGUCUACCCGAGCCUCGUCUCGUGUGCCGCCUCGUGGGCGGCGUGGCGUGGCGGGCGGCCGUCUGUGCCGCCGCCUCGAGUGAGCCUCGUCUCGCUCUUCGUCUACUCGAGCCUCGUCUCGUGUGCCGCCUCGUGGGCGGCGUGGCGUGGCGGGCGGCUGUCUCUGCUACCGCCUCGUGUGAGCCUCGUCUCGCUCUUCGUCUACUCGAGCCUCGUCUCGUGUGCCGCCUCUUGGGCGGCGUGGCGUGGCGGGCGGCUGUCUCUGCUGCCGCCUCGAGUGAGCCUCGUCUCGCUCUUCGUCUACUCGAGCCUCGUCUCGUUGAGCCUCGUCUCGCUCUUCGUCUACUCGAGCCUCGUCUCGUGUGCCGCCUCGUGGGCGGCGUGGCGUGGCGGGCGGCUGUCUCUGCCGCCGCCUCGUGUGAGCCUCGUCUCGCUCUUCGUCUACUCGAGCCUCGUCUCGUGCGCCGCCUCGUGGGCGGCGUGGCGUGGCGGGCGGCUGUCUCUGCCGCCGCCUCGAGUGAGCCUCGUCUCGCUCUUCGUCUACUCGAGCCUCGUCUCGUGCGCCGCCUCGUGGGCGGCGUGGCGUGGCGGGCGGCUGUCUCUGCCGCCGCCUCGAGUGAGCCUCGUCUCGCUCUUCGUCUACUCGAGCCUCGUCUCGUGUGCCGCCUCGUGGGCGGCGUGGCGUGGCGGGCGGCCGUCUGUGCCGCCGCCUUGUGUGAGCCUCGUCUCGCUCUUCGUCUACUCGAGCCUCGUCUCGUGUGCCGCCUCUUGGGCGGCGUGGCGUGGCGGGCGGCCGUCUGUGCCGCCGCCUCGAGUGAGCCUCGUCUCGCUCUUCGUCUACUCGAGCCUCGUCUCGUGUGCCGCCUCGUGGGCGGCGUGGCGUGGCGGGCGGCUGUCUCUGCUACCGCCUCGUGUGAGCCUCGCCUCGCUCUUCGUCUACUCGAGCCUCGUCUCGUUGAGCCUCGUCUCGCUCUUCGUCUACUCGAGCCUCGUCUCGUGUGCCGCCUCGUGGGCGGCGUGGCGUGGCGGGCGGCUGUCUCUGCCGCCGCCUCGUGUGAGCCUCGUCUCGCUCUUCGUCUACUCGAGCCUCGUCUCGUGCGCCGCCUCGUGGGCGGCGUGGCGUGGCGGGCGGCUGUCUCUGCCUCCGCCUCGAGUGAGCCUCGUCUCGCUCUUCGUCUACUCGAGCCUCGUCUCGUGUGCCGCCUCGUGGGGCGGCGUGGCGUGGCGGGCGGCCGUCUGUGCCGCCGCCUCGUUGAGCGUCGUCUCGCUCUUCGUCUACUCGAGCCUCGUCUCGUGUGCCGCCUCGUGGGCGGCGUGGCGUGGCGGGCGGCUGUCUCUGCCGCCGCCUCGAGUGAGCCUCGUCUCGCUCUUCGUCUACUCGAGCCUCGUCUCGUGUGCCGCCUCGUGGGCGGCGUGGCGUGGCGGGCGGCUGUCUCUGCCGCCGCCUCGAGUGAGCCUCGUCUCGCUCUUCGUCUACUCGAGCCUCGCCUCGUCUGCCGCCUCGUGGGCGGCGUGGCGUGGCGGGCGGCCGUCUCUGCCGCCGCCUCGAGUGAGCCUCGUCUCGCUCUUCGUCUACCCGAGCCUCGUCUCGUUGAGCCUCGUCUCGCUCUUCGUCUACUCGAGCCUCGUCUCGUGCGCCGCCUCGUGGGCGGCGUGGCGUGGCGGGCGGCUGUCUCUGCCGCCGCCUCGAGUGAGCCUCGUCUCGCUCUUCGUCUACUCGAGCCUCGUCUCGUGCGCCGCCUCGUGGGCGGCGUGGCGUGGCGGGCGGCUGUCUCUGCCGCCGCCUCGAGUGAGCGUCGUCUCGCUCUUCGUCUACUCGAGCCUCGUCUCGUGUGCCGCCUCGUGGGCGGCGUGGCGUGGCGGGCGGCCGUCUCUGCCGCCAGCUUGUGUGAGCCUCGUCUCGCUCUUCGUCUACUCGAGCCUCGUCUCGUGUGCCGCCUCUUGGACGGCGUGGCGUGGCGGGCGGCUGUCUCUGCCGCCGCCUCGAGUGAGCCUCGUCUCGCUCUUCGUCUACUCGAGCCUCGUCUCGUGUGCCGCCUCGUGGGCGGCGUGGCGUGGCGGGCUGCUGAAUCUGCCGCCGCCUCGAGUGAGCCUCGUCUCGCUCUUCGCCUACUUGAGCCUCGUCUCGUGUGCCGCCUCGUGGGCGGCGUGGCGUGGCGGGCGGCCGUCUCUGCCGCCGCCUCGAGUGAGCCUCGUCUCGCUCUUCGUCUACUCGAGCCUCGUCUCGUGUGCCGCCUCGUGGGCGGCGUGGCGUGGCGGGCGGCUGUCUGUGCCGCCGCCUCGAGCGAGCCUCGUCUCGCUCAUCGUCUACUCGAGCCUCGUCUCGUUGAGCCUCGUCUCGCUCUUCGUCUACUCGAGCCUCGUCUCGUGUGCCGCCUCGUGGGCGGCGUGGCGUGGCGGGCGGCUGUCUCUGCCGCCGCCUCGUGUGAGCCUCGUCUCGCUCUUCGUCUACUCGAGCCUCGUCUCGUGCGCCGCCUCGUGGGCGGCGUGGCGUGGCGGGCGGCUGUCUCUGCCGCCGCCUCGAGUGAGCCUCGUCUCGCUCUUCGUCUACUCGAGCCUCGUCUCGUGCGCCGCCUCGUGGGCGGCGUGGCGUGGCGGGCGGCCGUCUGUGCCGCCGCCUUGUGUGAGCCUCGUCUCGCUCUUCGUCUACUCGAGCCUCGUCUCGUGUGCCGCCUCUUGGACGGCGUGGCGGGCGGCUGUCUCUGCCGCCGCCUCGAUGAGCCUCGUCUCGCUCUUCGUCUACUCGAGCUUCGUCUCGUGUGCCGCCUCUUGGGCGGCGUGGCGUGGCGGGCGGCUGUCUCUGCCGCCGCCUCGUGCGAGCCUCGUCUCGCUCUUCGUCUACCCGAGCCUCGUCUCGUGUGCCGCCCCGUGGGCGGCGUGGCGUGGCGGGCGGCCGUCUGUGCCGCCGCCUCGAGUGAGCCUCGUCUCGCUCUUCGUCUACUCGAGCCUCGUCUCGUGUGCCGCCUUUUGGGCGGCGUGGCGUGGCGGGCGGCUGUCUCUGCCGCCGCCUCGUGCGAGCCUCGUCUCGCUCUUCGUCUACUCGAGCCUCGUCUCGUGUGCCGCCUCGUGGGCGGCGUGGCGUGGCGGGCGGCCGUCUGUGCCGCCGCCUCGAGUGAGCCUCGUCUCGCUCUUCGUCUACUCGAGCCUCGUCUCGUGCGCCGCCUCGUGGGCGGCGUGGCGUGGCGGGCGGCUGUCUCUGCCGCCGCCUCGUGCGAGCCUCGUCUCGCUCUUCGUCUACUCGAGCCUCGUCUCGUGUGCCGCCUCGUGGGCGGCGUGGCGUGGCGGGCGGCUGUCUCUGCCGCCGCCUCGAGUGAGCCUCGUCUCGCUCUUCGUCUACUCGAGCCUCGUCUCGUGUGCCGCCUCGUGGGCGGCGUGGCGUGGCGGGCGGCUGUCUCUGCCGCCGCCUCGAGUGAGCCUCGUCUCGCUCUUCGCCUACUCGAGCCUCGUCUCGUGUGCCGCCUCGUGGGCGGCGUGGCGGGCGGCUGUCUCUGCUGCCGCCUCGAUGAGCCUCGUCUCGCUCUUCGUCUACUCGAGCCUCGUCUCGUGUGCCGCCUCGUGGGGCGGCGUGGCGGGCGGCUGUCUCUGCCCGCCUCGAGUGAGCCUCGUCUCGCUCUUCGUCUACUCGAGCCUCGUCUCGUGUGCCGCCUCGUGGGCGGCGUGGCGUGGCGGGCGGCUGUCUCUGCCGCCGCCUCGAGUGAGCCUCGUCUCGCUCUUCGUCUACUCGAGCCUCGUCUCGUGUGCCGCCUCGUGGGCGGCGUGGCGGGCGGCUGUCUCUGCCGCCGCCUCGA